AACAGAUCCUCACUCUCCCCGUGUGGUGGAUUUGGCAUACCAAAUUAUUUCGAUAUUUUUUGUAGAGAGCCAACAGAAGUUCCUCAUUCCUGUUCCUUCACUACGUAACAAAUUUUUAUUACGAAACCCGUUGAAUUGGACCAGAAAAAGUAGGCAAUUGAACUGCAGUUUGUACUAAUCUGACCAAGUCUGUCUGAUUGUAACUAUCUGCAUUCUCUAAUUUUUAUCAUUUGUUAGUGUAUUUUUGAACUAAAACGCGAAAAAAUAAAAAUAGAACGAAAAGAGUACGUCCGUUCCAACCAAACCGUGACAGCGCACCCGAUCAGCGUUUCGUUUUUGCUCUUCCUCGGCAACAUUAUUUCGUUCCAAAAGAGUUCACAUGGCAAUUGUGUAAUUAACGGACGGUCUGGUACCUUGUGAGUUGUGAGUCUGUGAGACUGUGACCUUGUCAAGACAAGAAACCAGGUGCUCCGCUCUCAAUAAUGCGCAGGCCAUCCUCGGCAUGCGACGCGGGGCCCGUAUGACCCAGCCGUCCCAGCGGCCGGACGGCGACACCAACCACGCCCCGUUCCGUUGAACAGCGUCGAGUCGUCGCCCCAUAUCAAACGCCCACGCAGCGCCGGGGAUGGAGCGCGGCCGGCACCAGAUGAGAGCUGCCUCCCACACAUGGCAUCGUGGCCAGCAGCGUCAAGGAGGCGGUCCAGCGGCGGCAUGAAAAGCGCCGAGCUUUCGGGCUCCGGUGCUUCUUACGGCUAUGGCCGGACGUCCUCCUCCCCUGAUGCCUGCGGCUACGGCCGGCAGUUCUCGGCCUACAGCGCCCGCUCCUCCCAGGUCAGCAGGAGUGGCUCCUUCAGUGCGGCGGCGCAGCGGGUCGCCGGCGCCUUCACCGGCUGCUUCGUGCCGCGCCGGCAGGUCAAAGCCGGGGAAGAGGAGGAGGAGGAGGAGAAGAAGAGCAAGCGCUCCAUGGAUUCAGGAUCCUAUCAUGGAUGGAAUGAAGCAAACUUGAGUGCAGCAGCAGGAUCAUGGCAGGAAGGCAGGGCUCUCACCAUCGCUGACGUGUCGAAGGCAACAUCAAACUUCAGCGAAAAGAACGUGAUAAGGCAGGGACGCUCAAGCACCAUGUACAGAGGAAAGCUCAGGGAUGGUUCUCAGAUCGCCGUCAAAUGUGUCACGAAGCUGAACGACCAGAGUCCGACGGCUGAACUCUGGAGGGAGCUUGAGAAGAUCCAGCACAGGAAUCUGGCGAGGCUCUUUGGAUUCUUCGAACGCGCAGCUGAUAGUCUCGUCGUAGUCGAGUAUGUCGGCAAUGGUUCCUUGAGGGAACAUUUGGAUGAAUCAUGUGGAAAUGGUUUAGAGCUCGCGCAACGGCUCAACAUCGCGAUCGACGUUGCUCAGGCCAUCACCUACCUGCACGAGUACAAAGGUACCAUGGUGGGUUGCAGAGCGUCCGAUCAUCCAUGGCGGCAUCCGGUCGUCAGGCGUGCUACUGACCGACGCGCUGGCGGCGAAGGUGGCCGGCUUUGGGCUGGCCGGGACUGCGGCCUCGGGGUCGGGCUCAGGCUCCGACGCAACGCCGGCGAGGAGCGCCGCCGGGUACGUGGACCCGGAGUACCUGAUCACGUACCAGCUGACCGACAAGAGCGACGUGUACGCCUUCGGCGUCCUCCUCGUGGAGCUAGCCACCGGCCGGCCGCCCGUCGAGCGCAGCCGCGGCGGCGAGGCCCGGCUCACCACCAAAUGGGCGUUGCAGAAGUGCAGAGCAGGGGAAGCCGUGGUGGCCAUGGACCCCAGGAUGCGGCGGAGCCCGGCGUCGGUGGCCGCAGUGGAGAGGACGCUGGCGCUGGCAGCGCAGAGCGUCGCGGCGGCCAGGGAUGAGCGGCCGUCCAUGCGGCGGUGCAGCGAGCUGCUGUGGACCAUCCGGAGAGACUACCACCGCCAGGAGGAGCCGCGCUGCGGCGCCGUCGCUGCGGAACGUAGCGACGAGUGGGUCAUCAGGUAGCUUAGCUUGCCAGUUGAAUGGAUAUGAUUCUGCUUUGGAUUGAUCGGCAUGGAACUGUAACUAGCCUGUAAGUGGAUGCGAAGUUCUAGGAAGCUGCAGAUUUUUUUAGUACGUACAACUUCUGUGAUUACUAUCAAAUGAUGUAGUCAUUGCAGCCAAUACCUGCGAAUUUCUAGAAAACAGUAGACGUUGUAACAAUCAGACGACUUUGCUGAAGUAGCCACUUGAUCCCUCAAUCAAAUAUAAAUAACCAUCGAAGGAUGAGGAUGUUGAUGUAUUGUUU